AUGCGGUCCGCUCCAAAGCUUCUCUUCAUGGUCCUCCUGGUCUCAGGGCUUGGUCAUACAGUGAGGAUAAAGAGAGAUGAAGCUCAUCACUGCUGGAACCCCAAGGAAAUGGAGAGCAGGGCCAAAGGGCUGCAGAAACUGCUGGGCCGGGCCAACAUGAACCAACUGCCCUCAGUGACCCUGGUUAAGGAUCUGGAGCAGCAGAAACACCAUGGGAAGAAAGGCUGCCCCGAUCUCCGCCAAUAUCUCGCACCCAACAGAGACCUCAGUCACCGUUCCAUCUCACCUUGGGCAUACAGAAUUGAUUACGAUGAGAAUCGAUAUCCUCCAAAACUGGCCUUUGCUCAUUGCCUGUGUGAUGGUUGUAUUGACGUGGAGAAUGGGGAAGAGAUGCUCUCCUUGAACUCCGUGCCUCUGGAACAGACUAUGUUGGUUCUACAGCGCCAGACCUGCCCUGGACAACCCGGGCUCUACAGCUUCCAUCUGAAAUAUAUCAAAGUGCCUGUGGGCUGUACAUGUGUCCUGCCCAAAAACAGCUGGUAAGCUCCUACGGAGCUGACAGUAAUGCCCUCUGAGAGGGAUAUUCUCACAGGCCCAGCAUUGUGUUUUCUGUGAAAUACUCUCUGCUCAUGUUAUCAUCAGAGA